AAACGAGAAAAAAAAAAAGGGGAAAGGGAGGAGGAACAUAGAGUAUAUCGCCAAACAUGGCGGCUUACCGGAUCGACGGCAUCACACGUACGUUUACGUUGUCUUCCCUUUCGACGUGUAUUCUCCAUCUCCGUUUCCCAUGCGAUUCCACUCAUCCAUCUCUCUCAUUUUCUUCUCUUUCUCUUCACGUUCUCUCCGUCUCUUCUCUUCUUCUUCUUCUUCUUCUUCUUCUUCUUCUUCUUCUUCUUCUUUCUCUCGUCUCUCAUCCUCUUCCGCAUCCUCCGUCAUGGCUCCCGCCUUCGAGAAGCGCCAACAAGGAAAUGGCAACUGUGGUAAUGGCGAUUCGAAAUCUAGGAUUACGGUCGUCGGCAGUGGGAAUUGGGGAAGUGUUGCCGCUAAGCUCAUUGCUUCUAAUGUCCUUAAGCUUCCAUCAUUUCAUGAUGAAGUGAGGAUGUGGGUGUUCGAAGAGGUUCUACCAAAUGGUGAGAAGCUUACUGAUGUUAUCAACAAGACCAAGGAAAACGUUAAGUAUCUCCCUGGGAUUAAACUAGGGAGAAAUGUCAUUGCAGAUCCAGACCUCGAAAAUGCAGUGAAAGAAUCAAACAUGCUGGUCUUUGUUACACCACAUCAGUUCAUGGAUGGUAUAUGCAAGAGACUAAGGGGAAAAAUAGAUGGAGCUGUUGAGGCAAUUUCUCUAAUUAAAGGGAUGGAGGUGAAGAAGGAAGGCCCCUGCAUGAUCUCCAGUCUGAUCUCUGAGCAACUCGGUAUCAGUUGCUGUGUCCUGAUGGGGGCAAACAUUGCAAACGAGAUUGCGGUGGAGAAGUUCAGCGAAGCAACGGUUGGAUACAGAGGGAGUAGAGAAAUACCGGACAAAUGGGUGCAGUUGUUUACUACUCCAUAUUUCAUGGUAACAGCGGUUCACGAUGUGGAAGGAGUCGAGUUGUGUGGGACUUUGAAGAAUGUUGUGGCCUUAGCAGCGGGUUUUGUGGAUGGGCUGGAAAUGGGUAAUAACACAAAGGCUGCUAUUAUGAGGAUUGGCCUGAGAGAGAUGAGAGCCUUCUCAAAGCUUCUGUUUCCAUCUGUGAAGGACAGUACAUUCUUCGAGAGCUGUGGGGUAGCAGAUGUCAUCACAACUUGCUUAGGAGGAAGAAACAGAAGAGUUGCUGAAGCAUUUGCACGAAAUGGAGGGAAAAGGUCUUUUGAUGAACUUGAAGCAGAGAUGUUACAGGGUCAAAAGUUACAGGGAGUCUCAACGGCGAGAGAGGUCUAUGAGGUUCUGAGCCACCGUGGUUGGCUCGAGCAUUUUCCACUUUUGUCAAGUGUCCAUGAGAUCUGCACUGGUCGGCUUCCCCCUUCGGCCAUUGUUAACUAUAACGAUGAACACAAGCUCGGCUCCUACUGAUGCUCCAUAACUGAGGUUUCUCAGCUUCGGUUCUCUAACUACCAUUCAUUCUAAAGGUCUUUUACAUCUGGAAAUGAAGAGAAUCAAGGUUCUUGCCAUGGAGGAGAUCGACCCUGAGGAUCCGGAUUUUUUUGUGUUUUCUGCGAAAUAAUAUAUGCGAAAAGUUUACAUCUUUCCGUCGUUUUUGUAAAAACUCGUGAUGUGCUGAUUUAAUGUGUAAGUUUUGUUAUGCCAUAAGGUGGUUUUCCGGCAAGAGAUCAGCUGUUUCCCGGUGA